AUGAUGCAAUCAUUUACACAUCAAUGAGCUGAGAUUUACACAGGCAAAUGAUAUGAAUGCUGACAACCUUCAAUGGGUUUGUGUGUGAAUUUUUGUGAGUGGGAUGAAGAGGAGGGAUGUGGACUGCACGGAGCAUGCGCGUGCAUCUGUGAGAGACAGGGAAGGGAGAGAUCGAGAAAGGCUGAGAAGUAGGGGAGGGAGGGAGUUUGUCGUGAUAGAGAACCUGCGAGCGCUACUAAGGAGGAGAGAGCGCGAGAGAGAGCGGGAACACAAGCGAGUAACUGAGAGAUGGUGUGUGUGUGUGAGAGAGAGCCUUAGUGCGUCUGACUCUCGGGGCUGUAGACUGGACCAACCAUUAAGCCUUUGAAACGCUCACGGCGCACACACACGUAGGCACACGCCACUGCCGCGUCACCCCUGCCGGCCGGUAACGAGAGGGAGGAUACAGUCGUUUUGAGACAAAGGGGGAACUGCCUUUGAGAAGACUCAGCCUUUGGAUGCGUUGCAGGAGAAAGAUUGCCUGAUCCUUGAGUUGUCCAGCAACAGCCUGAAGGCAUCCAAAUACGACCAGGUAAGGUCAGACUAUGAGCAGCUCGGACACACCUACAGUGCUGUGAGUUAGGAGAGAGACUUAGCCCAACAGGAGAGGAAACGGCUCCAAGGCAAACUGGAGAACCUUGAGCAGGUCCUCAAGCAUAUGCGAGAGGCUGCUGAGAGGAGGCAGCAGUUGGAUGAAGAGCAUGAACAGGCCCUGGCUGCCCUCACCACCAAGCAGCAGAAGAUCCACCUUCUGCAUAAGGCUCAGGUUGAAGCUGAGAGAGAGCAUGAGGGAGCGGUCCACCUGUUAGAGGCCAAGGUUCGCGACCUGGAGCAGAAAUGCAGGUCACAGACUAAACAGUUUGGCCAGUUGUCCAAGAGCCUGGAAGAUUUCCGUCUGGAGGCGGAUACUGUGGACAUCUUCAGCACUGAGCCUUUCUCCAAACAAAAAAUUCCCCUUUCCCUGGAAAAUAAACUCUCCCAAAUCCUCAACGGACUGGCAGUGCAGGCAGGGAAAGGCAAUGAGAGCUCGGCAAACACUCUGCUGAUAUCGAAGUUCCUCCGCCCACUGCAGAUCGGAGACAGAGACAGGCCAGAGCUGCUAUCUGUCAAUCCCACCACCGUGACAACGAGCUGCCCCAGCAGCCUACAACGGGCGACCCCCUCAGAGAUGGAGGAUGAGGUCAGCCCUGCGCCCCGGUCCAAGCCUCGCUACACUGGCACAGUCCGUCUCUGCACCGCCCGCUACAGUUACAACCCUUACGAUGGGCCAAACGAGCACCCAGAGGCAGAGCUCCCCCUGGUGGCUGGGAAGUACCUGUACGUGUACGGCACCAUGGACGAUGACGGUUUCUACCAAGGUGAGCUGCUGGACGGCCAGCGAGGGCUGGUCCCGUCCAACUUUGUGGAGUUUGUCCAAGACAAGGAGAAACCAUCCAUUCAACUAGGGGACGGAGAGGAGGACCUGGGCUCUCUGGACCAUAUCACCCUUGGCCUGAUGGGGGUGGAUGGAGGGGCCCCUCGGGAUGGGCUACUGGGUUCCAGCAACCCCCUGGGCCCCUGCAGCAACGGCACAGGGCCCCUGGACACUGAGGAUCUGGUCGAUGACAUUGUGCCUUACCCCCGGAGGAUCACCCUGAUCAAGCAGUUGGCCCGUAGCGUCAUUGUGGCCUGGGAGCCCCCCAUGGUGCCCCUGGGAUGGGGAAAAGUCAGCUGCUACAACGUGCUGGUGGAUGGAGAGGUGCGUGCCAGCAUACCCUAUGGCGACAGGACCAAGUCGUUGUUGGAGAAGCUGGAUCUGGACACGUAUACGCACCGCGUGUCCGUGCAGAGUGUAACAGACAGGGGACUGUCGGACGAGCUGCGCUGCACCCUGAUGGUGGGAGCCAACGUGGUGGUGGCGCCGUAUGGACUGCGUGUGGACGACAUCCUGCGUAACUCAGCCGAGCUCUCAUGGUUGCCCAGCAACAGUAACUAUGGGCACACAGUGUUCCUGGACGGAGCGGAGCAUGCAAUGGUGAAGCCGGGGAGGUACAGGCUGCGCUUUGUUAACCUCAAGGCCAUGACGGUAUACAAGGUGAGGGUGGUGGCCCGGCCACACCAGGUGCCAUGGCAACUGCUCAUGGAACAGAGGGAGAAGAAGGAGGCUGCUGUGGAGUUCUGUACACAAGCUGCUGGCCCCCCAUUACCACCUCAGGAGGUGCAGGUGCAGUGUGGCCAGGCACCAGGGGUCCUACAGGUGCACUGGAAGCCCCCUAUCCUCUCACCCAGUGGAACCUCCAAUGGAGCCAGCGUCAUCGGAUAUGCAGUCUGCACUAAAGGACAAAAGAUAGCGGAGGUGUUGUACCCUCUGGCUGACUAUGUAACAGUGGAGCUGAUGCAGAUCCUCGGGUGGAGGGCGAGCGGUGUGGCAGAAAGGGGCGCCUCCAGGUCUCUGGCACUUACUGGUUCUGUGGAGCUGGGGGUGGGUGGCAGCAGGGUAGGCGGUGCUGGGGAAUUGUAUGCGGAGAUGAGGCUGGAGGUGCAAGGGUGGGAGGACCACCAGGGUGAGCGGUUGAGGUGUCGACACUGGAUCCUGGCCCACUACAGCCACAGUGAGGAGUACCACAGUGACAGCAGCCGGGGCUCUGACCUUUCUGACAUCAUGGAGGAGGAUGAGGAGGAGCUCUACUCUGAAAUGCAGCUGGAGGAGGGACGACGACGCAACUCCCACAAUGCACUCAAGAUUGGGAACACCCCCUCUGGCGGUCGGCUGGAUCGGGAGACGGGGAGAAGAAUGCCCCGGGAUGGUCCGCAGCCCCAGAGACACCCUCUUAUGGCGCCCUCCAUUGAGGGAUACAGGGACAGGGAACGCUGCUCCCCUACUAACUACGAUGAGUCAGAACCUGAAGAAUCAUUCCGUAUCUUCGUGGCUCUGUUUGACUACGACCCCCUGUCCAUGUCUCCCAACCCGGACGCAGCAGAUGAGGAACUGCCCUUUAAAGAGGGCCAGAUCAUCAGGGUAUAUGGUGAUAAGGACACUGAUGGUUUCUACCGAGGGGAGAUCAGGGGAGGCAGGAUGGGGCUCCUGCCCUGCAACAUGGUGUCAGAGAUCAGGGCUGAGGAUGAGGAGACCAUGGACCAGCUCAUCAAGCAGGGCUUCCUCCCACUCAACACACCAGUGGAUAAAGUUGGAAUAGGGCAGGACAGACGAGGCCUCUGCCAGCACCAGGCCACCAGGAGGAUGGUGGCUCUAUGAUUAUGACCCCAGAGAGAGCUCCCCAACGUGGACGUGGAGGCUGAGUUGACUUUCUGUGCUGGUGACAUCCUCGCUGUAUUUGGAGAGAUUGAUGAAGACGGGUUCUACUAUGGUGAAAUCAAUGGCCACCGUGGCCUCGUCCCCUCCAACUUUCUGGAAGAAGUGCCUGACGACGUGGAGGUGUACCUGACGGACACUCCAUCCCGCUACGCCCAGGAUGAGCCCGCCAACCGGGCCGAGGCUAAAAGGGUAACCACGGAUACCACAGAGAGCACGGCCCCGCCUGUCCGAGCGGCAUCCCCCAUGGUGCGUCCCGUGUGUCCCCCAGGCACCAUGCGGCCCAUCAGCCCCACCAGGGGCCCCAGGGACCUCCGAGACAACAAAAAGAAAAAAGGACUACUCUCCAAGGGGAAGAAACUGCUCAAGAGACUCUCUCCGGUUAAAUAAACUGUUCCCAGCUGAGCCCAGAACAGAUACUGGGCCCAGUACUGUACAUCACAUACAGUACAUGCAAUCAAAUCAGCAGAUCGUACGCACACAACUACAAUUGCAACAUAUGUGUGUAUGUGUUACAGGACAAUAUAUGUGAAUCUAAUAUAUUCAGUGAUACAUGUUCUAAUGAUUAAUACACAUACUUACAUGUACUUCGUGCCAAAUUCAAUGAGACCUUUGCUCACACAUACUGUAUAACUGUGAUGUAUUUGAGGUAGAGGGAAAAAAGGAGUACAAACUAGGAUUUUCAUGACAUGGAUUUUCAUUUCCACUGUUUUCUUUAAUCAAAUGGAGAUCAGGACGAUGCUGCUAAACCAUUUGUGUGCAUUUGUUUCAAGCAGGGUAACAACAGAGUAGUCUAUUUCUUUUGUUACAAAUCUAACAUUUCCAGAUGGUUUCCAUAGCAAUUGUGCAAUUAUAAGGUCUCUAACAGACAUGACGUGGCAAAAAACAUCAAUGUUGUGACUGGAGCACUGGAGCAACAACUCAACUAUUGAUGGCAUUCUGUCAGUAAUGCUGGCUGCUAAUACAGAGGCUUUAUCCAGUGCAAUAUAUCACAGACAGGAUGGUGACAAAGGGUUGAAUCACUCACAGAACCUAGAAGUCUAAAGGGUAGUUGGACACAGGGCAUUUCAGACAGGAGAAGGAGCUGCAUUGGAUAAUACAUUUGAACCAUCUCAGUGGCCUUUAUGAAAGCAAUUCUAGCAUGACUUUCCUCAUUUUCUAUGGUUGAACAAGGUUGUUUUUAGACUUACACAAGACUUUGCCAAGAACCCCUAGUGCAUCUCUGCAGCUUUGUUUGAAAAAAAUCUAAAAUGUAUGUUUGUUCGUUUCAUUGCUGUCCAACUGUCAUGAAACACCUAGUUAAAGACAACCUUCUGUGUUUGCCUUCCAAUUGCACAAAGGUGUGUUUUGUCUGAUGAAUGAAAAAUAAGUAGUUCUCGGUGUGUAUGGAUGUGUUGAGGGUGUAGGCUAUGUGUGUGAGUUUGUGUGCUCAGUGUGCAUUCAUGUCUGUGCAUCCUUUUUUUUUAAAGAGGACAAGUAGUUGAGUCAUGUGAUCUUAGUGGUGUGCUGCUAACUACAUUGCCGGUGUAAUAUUCAGUUCUGUUGUCUGUCGAAGAGGGCCAUUUUCCCCACUCAGCCAUUUCAGUAAAGAUGUCUAGGUGUGUUCAAGAUUCUGCACCGUUUACUUGUUUACACUCUUAUAGACCUCGUGACAACCUAUUUUUGAAGUCAAGGGAAAGGGAGGGAUGACCUACAUACUGUACCUACAACCUCUAAACCAGUAGUCAUGUGGCUUAUGGGAUACAUGAGUGCUAGGAUUCAUCCAGCUGAUCCAUUGACUGGAGAGGCUGUCGUAGCCUUUAGACAAACAUUGUCCUGUAUUUUGACACCUUUCAAAACCCUAUAUUAACCCAUUUUCAUAAACCAUGAUCCUAUUCUGUAAUAGUUUAACAUCACUUCCGUUGCUGUACAGCCACAGUUUGAUGGACAUAAUCAUAAUGGACAAUAUGUCAAUCCAUGACUCAAAAUGACAGUGUUUUAUUCUGACAGGGUCCUCUAAAUUCCCAUCAGCUAAGAUAUCUGAGUCAAACGUAGUACCCUGCUGUAUAAUGAUUACAGGGUUCUUUUAUGUUCAUUAAAAAAGAGAGAAAAUCAAAUGAUGGAUUGCCAAAAAGGAAUGUACGAAAUGUUCAGCGGGCAAUAUAGUAGACAUUUUAUAAUUUGUCCCAUGUUAUGCAUUAUGUUAUGCAUCCAUUGACAAAAGGUGUUAGUCAUAAUACCAAAUCCUUUAUUUGUAAAUGGGUUUAGUGUCUAUACUGUUGCUCUUUUGUACCUUUCUCCAUUUAUAGAUAAUUUCUAAAUGUUUAUACUUGAUUUUCAGACUGCCUUUUUUAGUGCAUUGAGAUUUAUUCUUACUGUAAACAGUGCAAGCAUUCUCCAUGGUGUCCUCAAGAUAAGAUGUUUAAGUCUGCGGUUAUGUGCUUGCUCUGUGAAUCAAAGAUACAACAAAAAAAUUUGAAAUCAUUAUUUAUGGUGUGUGUGUGCAUGUGCA